GAGGCGGAGCCGGGCGGGCGAUCGCGGCCCGGCCGCUUCCUGGUCACCGGAGCAGGAGGCGACAGGAGCCCGCCGAGGCGGCUGCGGGGGUCCGGCCGCCGCCAUGGCCUCGCUCUUCAAGAAGAAGACCGUGGACGAUAUAAUAAAGGAACAAAAUCGAGAGUUAAGAGGUACACAGAGGGCUAUAAGCAGAGACAGAGCAGCACUUGAAAAACAGGAAAAACAACUGGAACUGGAAAUCAAGAAAAUGGCUAAGACUGGUAACAAAGAGGCCUGCAAAGUGCUGGCAAAGCAGCUGGUGCAGCUGCGGAAGCAGAAGAACCGAACCUAUGCUGUGAGCUCCAAAGUCACUUCCAUGUCCACUCAAACUAAGGUCAUGAACUCCCAGAUGAAGAUGGCAGGAGCUAUGUCAGCCACAGCAAAAACAAUGCAAGCAGUUAAUAAGAAAAUGGAUCCACAAAAGACACUACAAACUAUGCAGAAUUUCCAGAAGGAAAACAUGAAGAUGGAUAUGACUGAAGAGAUGAUUAAUGAUACUCUGGAUGAUAUUUUUGAUGCUUCUGAUGAAGAGGAAGAAACCCAAGAUAUUGUUAAUCAAGUGCUUGACGAGAUCGGGAUUGAAAUCUCUGGCAAGAUGGCCAAAGCUCCCUCAGCUGCCAGGGGUUUGCCCUCUGCAUCGGCAUCGAGCGCCGCCACCAUAUCGGAUGAGGAGAUCGAGCGUCAGCUCAAAGCCUUGGGCGUGGAUUAACUGAUCCAGUUCAGAGUCUGCCUGCUGGCUGCUCAGCCCUACACACAUGUGCAAAGUGCAAAUACUCUUUCAAUGCAACUGAUUUCUAGGAGAACCCAGAAGUCUCAGAAAUGACAACUUGAAGAUGGAUUUGCAGAGAAAAGUACUUUUUUUUAUCCAUUGCAUGGAGUCUUUUUGACUCUGGACCAACCAGGGGUGUAGUUCUAACAAUAAAUUCACUUACACCUGAUCCAGAUCUGUCCUCUGGAUUCAAAGUUUUCUUCCAUCUCUGUUACUGAUCUGUCUCUAGAACUGGCUAUUCAGUGGCUGGUCAUGCCACUUCCUAGGACAGCACCUAUGUAAUAUUUAUCAUUUUUACAAAACUAUCAUUAGAGAAACAUUUAGUCUGCCAUCUCUUAGCACAAAUGAAACUUCACCUUGGCUCUUAGUCAGAAACUUUUUUUUUCAAUGAGAAAUAGCUUUGAAUGUCUAGAUAAUUUAGGCAGAAAGAAAAAGCAUUUUAUGUAUUUCUUCCAAAUUCCUUUUGAGCUGAUGAAAUAAUAGCUUGUUAUUCCUCUUACCAGAAGGGAAGGAUACACUCCUUGUGCAGUUAAUUUUUCUGGAAGAGGAGUUACAUUUGUUAGUGAAAUUUGUUGCAUGAAAGGCACUGAUUGAACUCUAUUUUACUGUAACAUAGCUGGUUUCAACAGAAUUGCUGUGCCUUUAUGUAUAUAAAUCUUGUACCUUUGUGAUUUUCUUUCAGGAGUCUUUGAAAGGUGAGUAAACUUAAUAAUUAAGAUGAUUUUACAAAAUGCUUUGGUGAGACCUCUCAGUACACUUGAUGGGACUCAGUGCUGAAGUGGAGAGAUGCACUCAUUCAGAAACACAACUUGUGCACUUGAAAAAAGGACAUUUGCCUGAAGCAACAUUUGUAUAUAUUUUACAGUACUUCUUAAUGGAAGAUAACUGCAUAAUUGUAUUGUUUGCUAAGAUGCAACUGAUCACAUUGAUAAACUAAAUCUAAAUAUUAGUUUUGAGAACAAUUUUGGAUCAAAAAUGAUAAUUACUUGUCUAAACACUAUAAUAAAAGCAUUCUGGUUCUGUGAA